AUGUCCAAUGCCGAGGCCUGGAAAAGACGUUCCAUAUACCAAGUGCUCACCGACAGAUUUGCCAUAGAAGAUGAGAAUAAUCCAAAUAGAGGCCCAGAUCCUGGGAUAAGAGAAUAUUGUGGUGGAACAUGGAGGGGAAUAAUAUCUAAACUUGAUUAUAUCCAAGGAAUGGGUUUUGAUGCAGUUUGGAUUUCACCCAUCACUAAGAACAUCGAAGAAUUGACUGAAUAUGGAGUUGCCUAUCAUGGUUAUUGGCCGGAGGAUAUUUAUUCAGUAAAUCCACAUUUUGGAACGGCUGAUGAUUUACUCGCUCUAUCGGAUGCCUUGCACGCUCGGGGUAUGUUUCUGAUGGUUGAUAUAGUUGUCAAUCAUAUGGGUUCACCUCCUACAGUGGAAUAUUCUAGAUACAUACCUUUUAAUGAUUCAUCGUACUAUCAUCCACAGUCAUUCAUCACAAAUUACGAAAAUCAGCAGCAAAGCGAGGAAGGAUGGUUGGGGGAUGGACAUGUACCAUUACCCGAUCUAAAUACGGAGGAUCCUACCGUGGUACUCACCCUCCAAGCUUGGAUCACAAAACUUGUACAAAAGUUUAAAAUUGAUGGUUUGAGACUUGACACCGUCAAACAUGUUAGGAAGAAUUUCUGGCCCGAUUUUAUUCGGGCUGCUGGGGUUUGGUCGGUGGGUGAGGUAUUAUCAGGUGAUCCUGACUACUUGAGCUCAUAUCAACCUUAUGUUGGAGGCCUUCUAGACUAUGGGACAUAUUAUCCAUUAAAGAGAGCCUUUCAUAAGAAUGGUGGAAGUAUGUAUGAGCUGACCAAUCUCCUCACUCCUGCAUAUCGAUCGAAAUUCCGCGACACGCAGCAAAUGUCAACUUUUAUGGAGAAUCAUGAUAUGCCACGGUUUACCAGCGACACCAACGCGGACUUGGCGGUUGUAAAGAAUGCUAUGGCAUGGACUUUACUUACCGAUGGUGUACCAAUUGUUUACUAUGGACAGGAACAAUCUUAUUCUGGAGAUGGUGAUCCAGGCUCGCGAGAGCUGAUGUGGACUUCCGAUUAUAAAAUCACACCGUUAUACCAAUACAUAGCACGAUUGAACCAGAUCAGAAAGCUGGGUUGGGAUGCAGGAUUUGGUACACAUCUAACCACGAAGCUUUACAUUGAAGACAAUGUUGCUGCUACGCAAAAGGGCCCCGUGCUCAUGGUGCUGACCAACCUAGGUAGCCAGGCCAGAUCCAAAAACAUCUCCAUACCUACCAUGUUCAAAAAUGGUACCAUAUUAGUCGACAUUCUUACGGGAGAAUCUUUCAGAGUCAAACGAUCGACGAACAUCACCAUAAUAUCUGGAGAACCUCGAAUUUUUCUCCCUCUUGGUCUAGCAGAGAACAUCUGUGAUAAUAUUUUACCACCAGCUCAGAAUGCCAUAUUCAAAUUAUUCUCCAAGAUGUUUGGUGCCUCCUCUUCCUCAAAAACUGCCGCCGAAAUCAUAGAUUGGCCAUGUGGCGAAUCGGUCAAUUCCGCAGAUAUUAUACUUAGCGAAAAAGAUCCGGUUGUGGAACAGGCGGGAGCCAAGAUAUUGAUGCCGAGCGUUCAGGAGAGUUCAUCUCCGUGGUCUAUAUUCUAUGCGGCUAGAUAG